GAACAACCAGGCAAGCCUGACCAACCAGGCAAGCCUCACCAACCAAGCAAGCCUGAACAACCAGGCAAGCCUGACCUACCAAGCAAGCCUGACCAACCAGGCAGCACACCACAGGGAACAAGCAACCAACCAGGCAAGCCUGAUCAACCAGGCAAGCCUAACAAACCAAGCAAGCCUGAACAACCAGGCAAGCCUGACCUACCAGGCAAGCCUAACAAACCAAGCAAGCCUGAACAACCAGGCAAGCCUGACCAACCAGGCAAGCCUAACCAACCAAGCAAGCCUGAACAACCAGGCAAGCCUGACCUACCAAGCAAGCCUGACCAACCAGGCAAGCCUGACCUACCAAGCAGGCCUGACCAACCAGGCAAGCCUGACCAACCACGCAAGCCUGAACAACCAGGCAAGCCUUACCAACCAGGCAAGCCUAACCAACCAAGCAAGCUUGAACAACCAGGCAAGCCUGACCAACCAGGCAAGCCUCACAAACCAAGCAAGCCUGAACAACCAGGCAAGCCUGACCAACCAAGCAAGCCUGACCAUCCACGCAAGCCUGAACAACCAAGCAAGCCUGAACAACCAAGUAAGCCUGAGCAACCAACAAAGCCUGAACAACCAGGCAAGCCUGACCAAUCAGGCAAGCCUGACCAACCAGGCAAACCUAACCAACCAAGCACGCCAGACCAACCAGGCAAGCCUGACCAACCAAGCAAGCCUGAACAACCAAGCAAGCCUCACCAACCAACCAAGCCUGAACAACCAGGCAAGCCUGACCAACCAGGCAAGCCUCACCAACCAGGCAAGCCUGACCAACCAGGCAAGCUUGACCUACCAAGCAAGCCUGACCAACCAGGCAAGCCUGACCUACCAAGCAGGCCUGACCAACCCAGCAAGCCUGACCAACCACGCAAGCCUAACCUACCAAGCAAGCCUGAACAACCAGGCAAGCCUGACCAACCAGGCAAGCCUAACCAACCAAGCAAGCCUGAACAACCAGGCAAGCCUGAACAAUCAAGCAAGCCUGACCAACCAGGCAAGCCUCACCAACCAAGCAAGCCUCACCAACCAAGCAAGCCUGAACAACCAGGCAAGCCUGACCAACUAGGCAAGCCUCACCAACCAAGCAAGCCUGACCAACCAGGCAGCACGCCACAACGACCACGCAAGCCUGACCAUCUAGGACAGCCAGGACAACCAGGUCAACCAGAAAAAUCUAUUGAUACUGACGAAACCGACAUCGAAAAGAAAAAGAAGAUAAGUAAAUCAGAAACCGACGAAAAGUACGAUGAGGAGACCGAGGAAGAAAGAGAGCUCCGCAUCAAGAAGAAGAGGGAACAAGAGGAAACGGAGACCGAGGAAGAAAGAAAGCUCCGCAUCAAGAAGAAGUCGGAACAAGAGGAAAAGGAGACAGAGGAAGAAAGAAAACUCCGCAUCAAUAAGAAGAAGGAGACACGAGAACAAGAGGAGGAGACAGAGGAAGAAAAGGAGCUCCGCAUCAAGAAGAAGAAGGAGACACAAGAACAAGAGGAGAAGCAGACAGAGGAAGAAAGAGAGCUCCGCAUCAAGAAGAAGAAGAAGACACAAGAACAAGAGGAGAAGGAGACAGAGGAAGAAAGAGAGCUACGCAUCAAGAGAGGUAGCAAGCCUUACCAACCAGGCAGCACGCCACAGCGAACAAGCAUGCCUGACCAACCAGGCAAGCCAGACCAACCAGGCAAGCCUGACCAACCAGGCAAGCCUAACCAACCAAGCAAGCCUGAACAACCAGGCAAGCCUGACAAACCAGGCAAACCUAACCAACCAAGCAAGCCUGAACAACCAGGCAAGCCUGACCAACCAGGCAAGCCUGAACAACUAGGCAAGCCUGACCAACCAGGCAAGCCUGACCAACCAAGCAAGCCUGACCAUCCACGCAAGCCUGAACAACCAAGUAAGCCUGAGCAACCAACAAAGCCUGAACAACCAGGUAAGCCUGACCAAUCAGACAAGCCUGACCAACCAGGCAAACCUAAACAACCAAGCACGCCAGACCAACCAGGCAAGCCUGACCAACCAGGCAAGCCUGACCAACCAAGCAAGCCUGAACAACCAAGCAAGCCUCACCAACCAAGCAAGCCUGAACAACCAGGCAAGCCUGACCAACCAGGCAAGCCUCACCAACCAAGCAAGCCUGACCAACCACGCAAGCCUGAACAACCAAGUAAGCCUGACCAACCAGGCAAGCUUGACCUACCAAGCAAGCCUGACCAACCAGGCAAGCCUGACCAACCAGGCAAGCCUAACCAACCAAGCAAGCCUGAACAACCAGGCAAGCCUGACAAACCAGGCAAACCUAACCAACCAAGCAAGCCUGAACAACCAGGCAAGCCUGACCAACCAGGCAAGCCUGAACAACUAGGCAAGCCUGACCAACCAGGCAAGCCUGACCAACCAAGCAAGCCUGACCAUCCACGCAAGCCUGAACAACCAAGUAAGCCUGAGCAACCAACAAAGCCUGAACAACCAGGUAAGCCUGACCAAUCAGACAAGCCUGACCAACCAGGCAAACCUAAACAACCAAGCACGCCAGACCAACCAGGCAAGCCUGACCAACCAGGCAAGCCUGACCAACCAAGCAAGCCUGAACAACCAAGCAAGCCUCACCAACCAAGCAAGCCUGAACAACCAGGCAAGCCUGACCAACCAGGCAAGCCUCACCAACCAAGCAAGCCUGACCAACCACGCAAGCCUGAACAACCAAGUAAGCCUGACCAACCAGGCAAGCUUGACCUACCAAGCAAGCCUGACCAACCAGGCAAGCCUGACCAACCAAGCAAGCCUAACCAACCACGCAAGCCUGAACAACCAAGUAAGCCUGAGCAACCAACAAAGCCUGAACAACCAGGUAAGCCUGACCAAUCAGACAAGCCUGACCAACCAGGCAAACCUAAACAACCAAGCACGCCAGACCAACCAGGCAAGCCUGACCAACCAGGCAAGCCUGACCAACCAAGCAAGCCUGAACAACCAAGCAAGCCUCACCAACCAAGCAAGCCUGAACAACCAGGCAAGCCUGACCAACCAGGCAAGCCUCACCAACCAAGCAAGCCUGACCAACCACGCAAGCCUGAACAACCAAGUAAGCCUGAACAACCAGGCAAGCUUGACCUACCAAGCAAGCCUGACCAACCAGGCAAGCCUGACCUACCAAGCAGGCCUGACCAACCAGGCAAGCCUAACCUACCAAGCAAGCCUGAACAACCAGGCAAGCCUGACCAACCAGGCAAGCCUAACCAACCAAGCAAGCCUGAACAAUCAGGCAAGCCUGAACAACCAGGCAAGACGGACCAACCAGGCAAGCCUGACCUACCAAGCAAACCUGACCAACCAGGCAGCACGCCACAACGACCAAGCAAUCCUGACCAACCAGGCAAGCCUGACCAACCAGGCAAGCUUGACCUACCAAGCAAGCCUGACCAACCAGGCAAGCCUGACCUACCAAGUAAGCCUGACCAACCAAGCAAGCCUAACCAACCACGCAAGCCUGAACAACCAAGCAAGCCUGACCUACCAGGCAAGCCUCACCAACCAAGCAAGCCUCACCAACCAAGCAAGCCUGAACAACCAGGCAAGCCUGACCAACUAGGCAAGCCUCACCAACCAAGCAAGCCUGACCAACCAGGCAGCACGCCACAACGACCACGCAAGCCUGACCAACUAGGACAGCCAGGACAACCAGGUCAACUAGAAAAAUCUAUUGAUACUGACGAAACCGACAUCGAAAAGAAAAAGAAGAUAAGUAAAUCAGAAACCGACGAAAAGUACGAUGAGGAGACCGAGGAAGAAAGAGAGCUCCGCAUCAAGAAGAAGAGGGAACAAGAGGAAACGGAGACCGAGGAAGAAAGAGAGCUCCGCAUCAAGAAGAAGACGGAACAAGAGGAAAAGGAGACAGAGGAAGAAAGAAAACUCCGCAUCAAUAAGAAGAAGGAGACACGAGAACAAGAGGAGGAGACAGAGGAAGAAAAGGAGCUCCGCAUCAAGAAGAAGAAGGAGACACAAGAACAAGAGGAGAAGCAGACAGAGGAAGAAAGAGAGCUCCUCAUCAAGAAGAAGAAGAAGACACAAGAACAAGAUGAGAAGGAGACAGAGGAAGAAAGAGAGCUACGCAUCAAGAGAGGUAGCAAGCCUUACCAACCAGGCAGCACGCCACAGCGAACAAGCAAGCCUGACCAACCAGGCAAGCCUGACCAACCACGCAAGCCUGAACAACCAAGUAAGCCUGAGCAACCAACAAAGCCUGAACAACCAGGUAAGCCUGACCAAUCAGACAAGCCUGACCAACCAGGCAAACCUAAACAACCAAGCACGCCAGACCAACCAGGCAAGCCUGACCAACCAGGCAAGCCUGACCAACCAAGCAAGCCUGAACAACCAAGCAAGCCUCACCAACCAAGCAAGCCUGAACAACCAGGCAAGCCUGACCAACCAGGCAAGCCUCACCAACCAAGCAAGCCUGACCAACCACGCAAGCCUGAACAACCAAGUAAGCCUGACCAACCAGGCAGCACGCCACAACGACCAAGCAAGCAUGACCAACCAGGCAAGCCUCACCAACCAGGCAAGCCUGACCAACCAGGCAAGCCUAACCAACCAAGCAAGCCUGAACAACCAGGCAAGCCUGACCAACCAGGCAAGCCUAACCUACCAAGCAAGCCUGAACAACCAGGCAAGCCUGACCAACCAGGCAAGCCUAACCAACCAAGCAAGCCUGAACAAUCAGGCAAGCCUGAACAACCAGGCAAGACGGACCAACCAGGCAAGCCUGACCUACCAUGCAAACCUGACCAACCAGGCAGCACGCCACAACGACCAAGCAAGCCUGACCAACCACGCAAGCCUGAACAACCAAGCAAGCCUGACCAACCAGGCAGCACGCCACAACGACCAAGCAAGCCUGACCAACCAGGCAGGCCUGACCAACCAGGCAAGCCUGACCAACCAGGCAAGCCUGACCAACCAGGCAAGCCUGACCAACCAGGCAAGCCUAACCAACCAAGCAAGCCUGAACAACCAGGCAAGACUGACCAACCAGGCAAGCCUGACCAACCAAGCAAGCCUGACCAACCUGGCAGCACGCCACAACGACCAAGCAAUCCUGACCAACCAGGCAAGCCUGACCAACCAGGCAAGCUUGACCUACCAAGCAAGCCUGACCAACCAGGCAAGCCUGACCUACCAAGCAAGCCUGACCAACCAAGCAAGCCUAACCAACCACGCAAGCCUGAACAACCAAGCAAGCCUGACCAACCAGGCAAGCCUCACCAACCGAGCAAGCCUCACCAACCAAGCAAGCCUGAACAACCAGGCAGGACUGACCAACCUGGCAGCACGCCACAACGACCAAACAAGCCUGACCAACCACGCAAGCCUGAACAACCAAGCAAGCCUGACCAACCAGGCAAGCCUCACCAACCAAGCAAGCCUCACCAACCAAGCAAGCCUGAACAACCAGGCAGGACUGACCAACCAGGCAGCACGCCACAACGACCAAACAAGCCUGACCAACCAAGCAAGCCUGAACAACCAAGCAAGCCUGACCAACCAGGCAGCACGCCACAACGACCAAGCAAGCCUGACCAACCAGGCAAGCCUCACCAACCAGGCAAGCCUGACCAACCAGGCAAGCCUAACCAACCAAGCAAGCCUGAACAACCAGGCAAGACUGACCAACCAGGCAAGCCUGACCAACCAGACAAGCCUCACCAACCAAGCAAGCCUCACCAACCAAGCAAGCCUGAACAACCAGGCAAGACUGACCAACCAGGCAGCACGCCACAACGACCAAGCAAGCCUGACCAACCAGGCAAGCCUCACCAACCAGGCAAGCCUGACCAACCAGGCAAGCCUAACCAACCAGGCAAGCCUAACCAACCAAGCAAGCCUGAACAACCAGGCAAGCCUGACCAACCAGGCAAGCCUAACCAACCAGGCAAGCCUAACCAACCAAGCAAGCCUGAACAACCAGGCAAGACUGAUCAACCAGGCAAGCCUGACCAACCAGGCAAGCCUGACCAACCAGACAAGCCUGACCAACCAGACAAGCCUGACCAACCAGGCAAGCCUGACCAACCAGACAAACCUAACCAACCAACCAAGCCUGGCCACCCAGGCAGCACCCCACUAAAACCAAGCAAGUCUGACCAACCAGGACAGCCAGGACAACCAGGUCAACCAGAAAAAUCUGUUGACACUGACGAAACCGACAUCGAAAAGAAAAAGAAGAUAAAUAAAUCAGAAACCGACGAAAAGUACGAUGAGGAGACCGAGAAAGACAGAGAGCUCCGCAUCAAGAAGAAGACGGAACAAGAGGAGAAGAAGACAGAGGAAGAAAGAGAGAUCCGUAUCAGGAAGAAGAAGGAGAUACAAGAACAAGAGGAGAAGCAUACAGAGGAAGAAAGAGAGGUCAGCAUCAUGAAGAAGAAGGAGACAGAGGAAGAAAGCGAGCUCCGCAUCAAGAAGAAGAAGGAGACACGAGAACAAGAGGAGAAGGAGACAGAGGAAGAAAGAGAGCUCCGCAUCAAGAAGAAGAAGGAGACAGAGGAAGAAAGAGAGCUCCGCAUCAAGAAGAAGAAGGAGACAGAAGAGAAGAAGGAGGUGAACUCGGAACAGUUCGCUUCAGGCAAGAAACCAACGGCGCCCGGGGCUCCAGUGGCGCCCACGGCCCCAGUCGACGACAAGAAGGGAGGCAAGCUAGCGAUCCAGAAGGGCACUAAAGAAAUCCUGCACGCCUUAGAAACCAAUAUGAACCUGAAGAUCCUCAUCCUGCCCAACGGCGCUCACGGCAAGAACUGCUUCUGCACCUGCGACAACACGGCCGCGCCUAAAAUCAUUCCUCUGUCGCGCCUGCCGCCGCAGGUCGCUGAAAUUACCGCUAAAAAUAACUAAAACCAUAGACAAAAUAUAA